AAUGGCAGAACUGACUGGAAGGAUGUUGUUCGGGACCUUAUAACCGCCGAGUGAACGUAAUGAGUACCUGCCCAGACAGCGCUCUAUUGUCCUCGAAGGACGCUGACGCGUCCGGGUGCAAUGUGUACUUUUGUGUAGGGGAGCAACUUGAGGAGCAGGGAAGCAUGGCUAUUGUGGAUCAAAAAACUAUGUUCAAGGGAUUGGUAAUGUUUGAGGAUGUGGCUAUAGACUUCUCUAAGGAAGAGUGGGAAUGCUUAGACCCUUCUCAGAGAAACUUAUACAGAGAUGUGAUGUUGGAGAACUACAACACCUUUAUAUCACUGGGACUUGUCACUUCUAAGCCAUCAGUAAUUUACCUAUUGGAACAAGGGAAAGAACCUUGGGUGACUGGAAAAGCGGAAUGGUAUCCAGAUUUGCAGUCUUGGUGUGAAACUAAGGAGUUAGCUCUAAAGAAUGGUAUUUUUGAAACAGGAUCAUUAAAACGGGAAAUAAUGAACAGAACCACAAGUUCCCCUUGCCUUGAGGGGGAAUCUUAUUUUGGAACUGAUUUGAAAUGUAAUGGACACUUUGAAAAAGAAGAGGAAUUUAAAGAGGAAUGUAUCCAGUAUAUGACAGUGCCAUUUGAAAAACUAUCAGUUGAAUUCAUUCAGCCUACAUCAUUGGUUCCAAAUGAAAUAAUUCAGCCUACAUCACUAGUUCCAAGUGAAAUAAUUCAGCCUAUAUCACUGGUUCCAAAUGAAAUAAUUCAGCCUGUAAAUGAACACUAUGAACAGAAAAAGUAUGAAAACCUCACUCAACAGGUAGGAAUUCAUUCUAGUGACAAACUUAAUGAAAUGUGUGAGAAAGCCUUCAUAUUUUACACAAAUCAGAUGGAACAUCAGCAAAGUCUUCCUGGAAAGAAAUGUGAUGAAUUUAAGGAACAUGGCAGAGAAUUUUCUUAUGACUUCCAACUCACUCAAUAUCAAAUAAAUUAUAACAAACCCUAUGAAUGUCAGAUAUGUGGAAAGAGCUUUAGAAAGCGUGCCCUCCUUACACAACAUAAUCGAAUUCACACUGGCGAGAAACCAUAUGAAUGUAAGGAAUGUGGGAAAGCUUUUAUUUGCUGUUCAACACUCAUUCAACACAGGAGAACUCACUCUAGUGUGAAACCCUAUGAAUGCCUGGAAUGUGGGAAGAGUUUUCGACGGAGUGCACACCUCACUCGACAUCAAAAAAUUCAUACUGAUCAGAAACCCUAUAAAUGCACACAGUGCUGGAAGGCAUUUGCUUCUCUUUCUGACUUUAAUAGACAUCAUAAAAUUCAUACUGGUGAGAGACCUUAUGAAUGUGCAGAAUGUGGGAAAGCAUUUAAUAGUCGUUCAACUCUUACUCAACAUCAGAGAAUUCACACAGGUGAGAGGCCCUUUGAAUGUAAGGAAUGUGGCAAGGCAUUUAAUAAUUGUUCAACUCUUACUCAGCACCAGAGGACCCAUACUAAUGAGAAACCCUAUGAAUGCCAGGAAUGUAAAAAGACUUUUAGACAAAGUGCACAUCUAAGCAGACAUCAAAAAAUUCAUAGUGGUGAGAAACCAUUUGAAUGUGCUAUAUGUGGGAAGGGCUUUACUUGUGUUUCUGACUUUAACAGACAUCAACGAGUUCACACUGGUGAGAAACCCUACGAAUGUAAGGAAUGUGGGAAAGCCUUUAAUAAUUGUUCAACUCUUAUUCGACACCAAAGAAUUCACACUGGUGAGAAACCAUAUCAAUGUGACCAGUGUGGAAAAGCAUUUAUAUCUGGUUCAACAUUUUUUCAGCAUCAAAGAACACAUACUAAUGAGAAGCCCUAUGAAUGUCAGGUAUGUAAAAAGACAUUUAGGCAAAGUGCACAUCUAACUAGACAUCAAAGAACUCACACUGGUGAGAAACCCUAUGAAUGCUAUGACUGUGGGAAGACCUUUACUUGUUUUUCUGAUUGUAAUAGGCAUCAGAGAAUUCACAGAGGUGAAAAACCCUAUGAGUGUCAAGUAUGUGGGAAGGUCUUUAAUAAUUGCUCAACUCUUAAUCAACAUCAGAGAAUUCAUACUGGUGUGAAACCCUAUGAAUGUAAGGAAUGUGGAAAGUCUUUUACUUGGCUCUCAAACCUAAAUAAACACCAGAAAAUUCACACUGGUGAAAAACCCUAUGAAUGUAAAGAGUGUGAGAAGGCUUUUCUCUGUUAUUCAACUUUUGUUCAACACCAGAGAACUCAUACUAAUGAGAAACCCUAUGAAUGUCAGGAAUGUGGGAAGGCUUUUAGACAGAGAGCACAUCUUAUUCAACAUGAAAGAAUUCAUACUGGUGAGAAACCAUAUAAAUGUAAGGAAUGUGGAAAGGCCUUCUCUUGUGUUUCCUACUUUAGUAGACAUCAGCGAAUUCACACAGGUGAGAAACCAUAUGAAUGUAAAGAAUGUAAGAAGUCCUUUAUUGAUUGUUCAACUCUUAUUCAACACCAGAGAAUUCACACCGGUGAGAAACCCUUUGUAUGUCAGGAAUGUAAUAAGGCCUUUAGGCAGAGGGCACAUCUUACUCAACAUCAAAGAAUUCACACUGGUGAGAAACCCUAUGAAUGUAAGGAAUGUGGGAAGGCCUUUACUUGUCUUUCACAGGCGAAAAAGCAUCAGAGAAUACACACAUGAGGUGAGAAAUUAUAUGUGUUUCAAUAUUGUCUUUUAUUUAUUUAAUAGUCAUUACUCAACAGUACCAAAUAAAUAU